CAGAAGUGUUUGCGGCUUUUUGCUAAGUUUUUGUUGUUUGUUGUAAAUAAGUAUUUACAUUAAUAAUGUAUACAUUUAAGUAAUUUUUUGAUAAAUGAAGAUGAACGCUACCAGUUUAUACGUUUCUACUUGUAGGUUAAUCCUUUUAGCGAACGCAUCGGACAAAAGUUCUUGGACAGACUUAUUCCGUUUAGUUCCUUAUUUACGACAAUCCUUGUCUUGUACUGUUUGUGGAAAUUUGUUAAAAGAACCAUAUACUCCAACUGAUACAAGUUGUCAGCACCACGUAUGUAAGACCUGCAUAGGCGGAAGAAAGAAAUUAAAACCUUCGUGUAGUUGGUGCAAAGAUUACGAAAACUAUUCAGAAAAUUUACAACUUCGAAUUCUACUUCAAUGCUAUAAAAAGCUGUGUUCGUAUUUCAUGGGAACUGAUAUAUUCAAAAUUUUAGUAAAAGAGGGCACCAAAUCUGAUGGAGUAAAUGGUGGAGUGAUGGCGAAUUCCAGCUUGAUUGAUUUGAUACGAGAGGCAGCCCAGUUCGAGGAUGAUUUUAAAUGUAAUGCAGGCUUGUCGAAAUCCGCAUACAGUAUAUUACCAUGUGUUUAUACAAAUUCUGCUUCCACACAAACACAAGCUGCAUCUUCAAGCAAUAUUGAAACUAGGUCUAUUAAAACAUCUCCGGACUCUAGAGCGAUGUCAAAUGGUUCUCCGAUUUACUCUGUCAUGUAUGCAGCUAGUGGUAAUAAAAUUACUAUUAAACGAAAAGCAACAGAUGAAACUGAAGUUAUUAAAAAAGAAACUGGUACUAGGGAAAGUAAGCCAAGUCAACCUUUGGGAUUUAAGAAGCCAUCAACUAGGUCUCGUAAUUCGUCCAGUAGCAAAAGAAAAGGAUGCAGAUGUGGAAAUGCAACGGCAACACCUGGAAAGUUGACAUGCUGUGGUCAGAGAUGCCCUUGUUAUGUGGAAAGUAAGCCCUGUACAGAAUGUAAAUGCAAAGGCUGUAGAAACCCUCAUAGGCCUGACGGAAUGAAAGUGCGUCCACUUGUGCCUACUACGGAUAGUGUACCAAUAGCAAUAAACACCAACCCUGAUAGUUCACCCUCGUGUUCUGGUUCAAUGGACAGUCUUGAAAAUGACAAUAUCAUGGAUGGUAUGGAGGACUCACUCAGGUUUACAGUUGAUUAUAAAUCAGCAGAUAUUAAAGUUUUUUCAAGUGAACUCCAAGAUUUAACACCAUCCUUGCCGGCAAUUCUCAUGGAUGACAACUUAACAGUGUCUCCGGAAGAUGACGUGAGUUCGCCACGUGAUUAUACACUGUCACCCAGAGACACUAUAGACACAGAGGUGUCACCACAGUCUCUGGGUAUGCCAGAGAUGCCAAGUGAUAUUGAGGUGGAUAUAUGACAACAACUUUCUCUAGCAGGUGACUAGAAAAUAUUAAUAAACUUUCACAGUGAGUGUUGUACAAACUCUGACCGGACUCUUGGUGUGGUCGCUAGUCACAUUGUCCACAUCGAAAUACAAGUGUGUGUCUUAGUUGUUAGUUAUUAAUUCGUAAGUAUUACUUCCUCAAUGUAAUGUAAAUAAAUAAUUUAUUAAUUAUUGGGAGUAGGUUGAUAAUAAAUAAACAGGCUUGUAGUAAGACGGAAUUACAGAUAACGCGCGAGUUGAGUGCAGAGUUCAGAAAUGCGAUAGUGAUGUGACCUUAUUAUAAUUGUGACGAUAAUCAUGAGGGUGUCGAUAAAUUUAAUAUUUUUUUUAUAUGGAAGAGGGGGCAAACGGCACAAGGAAUGGCGAGAGGUGAGGCAACCGCCCAUGGACAUCCGCAACAACAGGUGUCAAGAGAUGCGUUGUCGGCCUUUAAGGUGGGAGUAUGCUCUUCUCUUGAAGGUCCCUAAGUCGUAUCGGUUCGGGAAAACCGCAGCCGGUAAUUGAUUCCACAAAGUGGCUGUGCGAGGUAAGAAAUUACUUGCAAAACGCGCGGUUGUGGAAUGCCAGACGUCAAAGUGAUGCGGGUGGUAGUUUACACGUAAUGUCCGUUGGUGGAAUUCGGCCUCUGGAAUCAACCCGAACAGCUUAUAUCAGCACUCCCCAUGAUAAAUGCGGUAGAAGAUGCAGAAAGAACCCACAUCUCUACGCAACGCCAAAGAAUCAAGCCGAUCGGAGAUGACUUGAUCGUCGAUGAUUCGAGCCGCUCUUCGUUGUACCCGCCCAGAGGUGGGAACCAUGUGAGGCCGGAAUAAAGAAUGAACGAUGAAUUUUUCCUAAUAAUUAAUUUUUUUUUUCUGCCAUUAUUCAAAACGUGUCUAAAAUAAUUUUCGCCUUGUCUCGUGCGCCUUUUUCGUUUUUUUGGAGCGGGAUCUGAUGGACUCAAAUCAUUAAAAAAAAUAACAUGGGAUCACAAAUUUAGUUUUAUCGCAAUGAUACGGUAAGCGACUACGACACAACACUACACUGCAGGCGCGCGAGACGAGGCGUGCGGAAGGCGGGGGGAGAUACUCCCGCUCUUUACCACAGACGCCGACUGCAUUCAACUCGCGCGAUGACUGUACUUGCAUUGUUAAUAGUUAUUUAUGCAACUGUUGUGUAAUAAGGGGCAUUAAAACACGAAGGUGGAUUUAUCUCACGAAUGUGAUAAUAGUAUCACAUGAGUGUUUUAAUACCUAAUUAUCAACAGUUGCAUACAAGACUUUAUCUACACCCAAAAUAUGAAUCCUCUAAAAGAUUCUGAAACAGUUAGCUUACUGCUAACAUUAAAACAGCCAGUCCUAGUAGUAACCUAAUAUCCUCCAUUACUGAUUAUAUACAAAUAAACUAAGUAUUAAUGAAACAAUUAUUUAUUUUAGUAGUAAUUUACAUUUUGUAUAGUGCAAUACUUAAAAUUCACUUGAAUAUUAUGUUCUUUUGGAAAUUAAUCUCUCAUUUUUUUGUAAACAAAACAAUAAAAAUAUCGAAGAAAAAUGGCGGGGAUUCGAAUAACCUACUUUUUUUUACGGCGCGCGAAAUGUUCUUUUUUUUUUAAUUCAUAUAGAUGCCACGCAUCGAGCAAUAAGAAUGUGGCUGUCUGUCAAAACUCCUUGAGCAUGAAGGGAAUGAAAAAAAAAUAGGAGUGUUGUUAUGAAAUUCAGUACAACAUUACAACACUCGUUUGGAUGAUGUAAUGGUUAUUAGAACAUUGGGUGUUUGAAUGUUGGCAAUAAGCUAACUGUUUCAGAAUCUUUAAUAGAGGAUUUAAAGCAUGGGUGUAGAUAAAAAUAAAUACUAUAUUCUGUUUUUUUUUUUAUUACGUGUUGUAAUAUUAGAUAUGUGAUGAAUUUUUGUACAAUGUACAUAUUCAAUGUAAGUAAUUGAGACUGUGAAAAUAUUGAAUUUUAGUUUUGAUAAGCAUAAUAUUCAUCGUUGUUGAGGCUACCAACAUAAGUAUUUUUUUUUCAGUUAGAACAAGGUCUGUGUCAUUAUUUGGGUUAUUCUAUAGUUUUUGUAGUUAGUUGUCUACAUCACAAUAAUAAUAUUGAACAGUGCUGUUUAAAUUUUACAGUUAAAUUAGUGUUUAACAAGAAUGUGAUCUUAUAGUAUGUAAGAAAAAUUAAAAUUUGCCAUUCAUGCCACCCUUAGUAAGGCACAUAUUGUAAUUAAUUAUCUAAUAUAAUAUAAAAUGGAAAAAGGACUCAAUUAAUUGCCCUAUUUGUAAAUUUUAAUGGCCAAAAACUUAAAGUUGGAAUAUUUUUAUACUUACACUUAACAAGUGAUAUAUAUAUAUAUAUACCUAGGUAUAAAUGUAAUUCUGUUAUUUUUUUUUAUAUUUAUACUAACGAUGUUUUAUAACUCGACUUAUUAUGUAUAUGUUUUCAUUUAACUCCAAACUUUGCAUUAUUUUAUAUUAUAAAGUCGCGAUAUUUUUAUCUAGCCAAUUAUUGUAUUGUGCAAAAUCAAAAAUUCAAAUGUAAAAUUGAUUAAAAACAGUACCUAGGCAAUAUUUUUCUUAUAAUAUGCAUAUCACCAAGCAUGGUUUUCGACUAGAUGAUUAGAAAUGUAACAAUUUUGAUGUGUUAUUUUUUUUAUAGAAUAACAAACACUAAAUGUGUGUUAAUUAUUGCCAAUUUUUAUCAUGAAAGACAAUAUCAAGAGGUAUAAACUAGAGGUACCUGAUAACUGUACUUCUAUAAGCAAUAAUAUUUUAAUUGUUGAUUACAUGUACAAUUGUUUUAAUGAAAAUAAGGGACGAGACUAGCAGGAAGUUCAGCUGACGGUAAUUGAUACGCCCGCCCAUUACAAUACAGUGCGCUCUAGAUUCUUGAAAAUCCCCAAAAAUUCUGAGCGGCACUACAACUGCUCUCGUCACCUUGAGACAUAAGAUGUUAAGUCUCAUUUGCCCAGUAAUUUCACUAGCUACGGCGCCCUUCAGACGGAAACACAGUAAUGCUUUCACAUUACUGCUUCACGGCAGAAAUAGGCGCCGUUGUGGUACCCAUUAACUAGCCGGCAUCCUGUGCAAAGGAGCCUCCCACUCGUAUACCAUGUCUGAUCAUUGCAAUAUUUUGAUGUUAUAUAAAAUAAUAAAUUUCGGGCCUUAUAAAUGAUAAUCUAUUAAAAAUUUUACUUAUUAACUUUAUUCACGUUUUAGAUGAAACUUUAAUGUUCGUGAUAUUUAAGCACUCAAGUACAAAAAACUUAUUGGGCUAUUUGCCUUAGUAUGUAAUAUUAAUUAUUGUAAUACCUAUAAUUUUAACAUUGAAAUUGUUGCAUGAAUAAAAAUCAAACUUAUUUUUGUUAUGAAA